AUUUUCAUUCUGUUCUCUCUUGCUCAAGAGAUUCUUGUUCUCCUCCUGUUCAUCAUAAUCUGAACUCUUAUUCAUGAACAUGCAGCAUAGGAACUAAUGUAAUAUUUGUGUGUCAAAACUUCAUCCAUGAUCCACCAACUCAGCUCUUUGUUACUAGAUCAGCUAAAAUACUAAGCACAACAAAGAUGGGUUUGUCUGUUCUAAAAGAUACCUGGUACUUUUACAUUGCCUAUCCUCUUAUCUUCAUGAUUACUAUGAGUUCUCAAUGUUCUUCCAUUAUUGGCUUUGAUGAUGUUCAUGUCUCAGAUAGAAUCAAAUCCCACUAGCUGGAAAGAGUGGCACCUCUUUGAUUCAGACAAACUCAGGUAUGCAACUCCCCUUCACCACUAAAUUAAUGUCUGCUCCAAAAGAAAGGUUAGGUUGGAAGGUUAAAGGAAUCACAAGGGCCCCUCCUGCUCCUUGACAAUUGUUUGAAUCAGCUCAAUGUUUUAUGGUGACAAUAAUGGUAAUGGUGAUGAUGGUACCUUUUUCCUUUAUUUACUACUCAUUCAUCUAUAUAGGGCACAACUCAUGUUUCAUAUACUCACCAAAAGAACAGACACCUCUUUAACUGUAGUAGGGGUCCUCCAGUACUGUAUGCAUAUGGUAUCACAGUUCCUUACCUAAUCUCACCAAAUACUAAGAAGAGUGGUGCAUUCUUAAUUAUAUUCCCAAUGUUAAUUUUGUCCUCAGAAUCUAAUAGUAUUAUUGCUUUCCUAUACACUUUGCUAGGAAGAAAUCUUUACAAGCUUCUUGUAAUCAUAGAAGCUGGUCCAGUAAGCAAGGAAGCAUUUAUAUAUAUGAUAUUUAUUUGUGCUAACAACUAAUAUACUAAUGGUUUUCUGGAUUCAAGAGCUCAGUAAUCACACAAAGAAAGAGAAGGAUUUGUAGGACAUGAACUUGUGAUCCAUUUGAGGGUUACUGAGGCAACAAGAAUGGGAUUUGCUCAUGUUAGGCUAUUUUGGCUGUUGAAGAUGUUUCUACAUUUGAUGUUUCAUCAUCAUCAUCUUCUUUGGCAGAUGCAGUAAAUGUAGGUUGACCAUUGACUCAGUAUAAUUAGCAUCCCAAUGAGAGCUUGUCGCAUCCCACCCAAUAAAUACAAUUUGCAAGUGGAAGAUAUGUUGUACCUCAGCAGCCACAGCUCUGCCUCUCCUCCCAUGGCCACACUCUCCCUGUCCUCAAAGUUGUCUUCCUCCCAUCCACUAGCCCUCUUCCUCUGAUCACUGUGCCCCACUCCCCACUGCCACUAUAAAUACUCAAACCCCAGCUCAAACUUCCAUCCCAUCAACUCUCUCUUUCUAUAUCUAUCUCCUCUCUCUCUCUCUCUCUCGCCCUGCGUGGGGUUAUAUACACAGUAGCCGGGAAAUUCUAGAUGGCGAAGAGCAGGAGCGGGAAGCUAAGCAAGCUCAGAUGCAUGAUCAAGCGUUGGCAUUCGUCGAGCCGGAUCACGCGCUCCGCCACCGGCGGCGGCGGAGGCGACUCCUCGAGAUCACAGGAGGAGGAGGACGCGACGUCGCAGCCGGCGUCUUUCCACGGCGACGACGUCCCGCCGGGGCACCACGAGGUGUUCGUCGGCAGGUCACGCCGGCGGUACCUCGUCGGCUCCAGCCUCGUCGACCACCCGCUCUUCCAGGUUCUGGUGGAGAGGACCGGCGCGUCCGACGCGGGCACGGUGGUAGGCUGCGAGGUGGUGCUCUUCGACCACUUGCUGUGGAUGCUGGAGAACGCCGACCCCCAGCCCGAGUCACUGGACGAGUUGGUGGACUUCUAUUCUUACUGAUAGCGGCGGAAAAGACCCGAGUCACGACGACUCGUUCAUCGACAGGUGUGCGAGGACUCGUGCAGCAGCGGCGUCUUGCAUGGCUUUGCAGUCAAAGCUUCUGUCCGUGUGUAAUAAUAGCAUUACAUCUUCCUUUCUCGAGGGUUAAAAGCAAUGCUUGAAGUAUCCUACUGUACAUUGUGAUGUAAAGGAUCGAUCAUUUCCUACUUGUUUUUGUCCUUAUCAUUCUCCUCUAAGUUUGUAAGCAUCUAAUAAUUCUUUUAUAUAUAUAUAUGGUUUGCAAA